UGAGGUAUUCCACUGUGUGAUGAAGCCAGGUUUUAUCGCUGUUAACUGGGACUCUCGCCGAACUGAAUCCUCGGAUCAUCCUCCAAUGUCCGCAUGUAAGCGCGUGACUCCGGGCUUCUCGGCCGGUCCCAGAAAAUGCUUCAGUCUAGCAUUUUCGCCCCUGAUUUCUCACACGUCACGAUGGCGACUGUCCAGCAGGUCCGCUCAUCUUCGCAACAACAACAUAAAAUGGCAUGCUCUCAAAUUCUCACUCGUCUGUUCUCAUUAUGAAAUUAUUCGGCGUGGACGAAUAGGAAGAAGAGGCGACGUUGGGAGCGUCCAAUGAGAGGUAAGUAUGGGGUAAUAUGUUAUUAAGACAAUGCACGACUGGAUGCAUGAGAAAGCCAAGGGAAAGGAGCCGCGUGACACCAGCCGCAGACUCUUCAUCCAUCCCAGCAGGCCAGGCCAGGCCAGCCUGGGCAGGGCAACGUUGGCUGGCGCUGGCGCUGGCGCUGGGCAAUUGUGGACAAAGCAAAGCAAAGCAAAACCCGCCCGGUAUCCAUCAGCCAGGUAUAAUAAGGUCACUUUUCGUCUCCAGUUGUCUCCAUUAUUGUACAUUCCGAAAGCCGGACAUGAUACUGUAUAAUCAGGGCACAGUGGCGUCCGUCGAGUCACUCCCUCACACGGCACGGCAGAGAUAAUCUCUUUCUUUCAUUAACUUACCUGCCCAAUUCACACUCCGUCUUCGCUUCGCCUCUGUUUUCUUGCUCCUCCCUCGUCAAAGACCCUGAAGUACUUUUAAGGCUGCAUCCCCGUCCCCCGUGCCUCUCGACUACCUAGAGACACAACAAACAAGCAGCCAUACCGCUCCAAUCUCCAACAGCACCAAGCUUGCUAAACUAGUUUCCUUGACACAACACCCACCGCGUGCUCCUCACUUGACACGCACUUGGCAGCUUAUUACUCAACACAUUCCAAUCCGGGGUAGCAGACGAGGGCGGGGAAGCUUCCACCGGGUGUUUCCUUGACUAAAUAGAAGGGGAUCGUGUGUCAGAGUUUCCUCAGCAUCACGACUCGCCUUCCAAACAGAGCACAACUCCAUCGCAUCACCUCUCGAGGUCCGUUGCGUGCCUGACUACGAGAAAAUUCAUUCGCUAGGGUCUUUGUCCCAGGAAGCGAAUCCCGAGCGCGCUACCAGCUCACCUUCUACCUGAACGUUGUACCAUAUAAACACCUCCGCGGACCUCGAUCGUUUAAGAAGAGACCAGCUGAAUUAAUCUCUAUCAGAAUGGCAGUUUCACCUACUGAGUUUGCUGGCCGCAAGGUCGCGCCUUUGCCAUACAUGUCCGAGAAGAAGACUUCGCCACCAAUCACAGAUCGAAUGGAUCGAGCCUCUUUCUCCAGUACCAAAGAGUCACACACUGGGGGAAUCGCUCAAACAUUCACCGAAACCAAGACCAGCUCGUACUUGCGAAAUCAAUAUAACCAUGACGAAGAGGCUAUCCUUGACGACUCGUCUUCCGGUUCAAGAACACCACCUGAGCUCAUGAGAACCGAUUCUGGAAGAGGAAUGUUGACCAACCCCCAUAGUUCACUUCAUGGAUUCGUAUGCCCUUGUGAUGGAUUCAAGGGAUGGAAGGGCAUCAGCGUGAGAGGGAGAAUCGCGAGCAAGAGUUCGGGGGAUUUGAAGGGCUUGGCAAGAUGGGACUGGGAUUCGGAUGUUCAGAUGACGGGCACGACCGUCAAGGAGGUGAAGGAGAAAGGACGACAUGCCGCUGGAAAAAGCCCACUUGAAUCGCUCCCCAUGGAAUUACUUGGCUCCAUCAUUGACCAAUUGGCAACCGAUAUCCCUCCAAACGGCUUCACAGCUAGGAACAUCGAUCUGAUGUCUCUACUUCUCACAUCACGAGCUAUUCAUUCAGCAACAUUGUCCACUCUGUAUGCUCAAGUCACCAUUCCACACUCGAGAAUCUUCCGCAAAUUCCUCUCCCACAUCAGCUCUCACCCUGCUUUGGGAACGAUUGUUCGCCGUCUGGAUUUCUCCCACUUCAACCCGACAGGAGCCGGGAUGACCGCUAGAGAGCGUGCACAAACCCAGAAUCUCAUCCCCGAGACUCUUCUUCAAUCUCUUCUCCUCACCACGAACCUCCAGGAAUUCCUUGCUCAAGAGCACAUUGACGAUGAGCUUUCUCCCGCAGUCUUGAAGACAUUGCUCUGCGACCUCCCAAAGUUGAAGGCAUUGGAUCUCUGCGCCUGCUCUUCGACAUCCUUCCGUGAUUCAUUCAACGCUAUAAUCAGCUCUCAGAUCCUGCCGGCUGCUCUUCCCAUCGCCCGAUUGAGUCUCCACGAAUGCACGAUUCUUCCAUCCUCGGUUUUGGACGCUCUCCUUCCACGUCUGCCGCGUCUUACACAUCUUGAUGUAGCACACACGCGCAUUACCGACGCAGCACUCCACUCGAUCCCACAUACGGCCCGCCUCACCCAUCUCAAUCUCAGCAAAUGCUCGCUCCUCUCCGGCGCUUCAGUCGUCAAAUUCCUCACCACCCACCCCGCAGCAAAGAGCCUGAUCUACUUGAACCUCGCCAUGGACGUCAAAUCCGCCGAGAUGCUCUCCAACGCCGACAUCACAGCUCUCCUCCCACACCUCCCUACGACUCUCCGCUCUCUGAACCUCAAGGGAUCCAAGAUGGGUAAGGAGCACAUCGAGCUCCUCCUCCCGCUCACCAAGCACGUCGAAGAGCUAGGUCUCGGCCGACACUUAGGUCUCCGCGAACUUACCCGCCUCUUUGUCCCAGAUUCCAACCUCUCGCUCGCGGAACAAGUAGCCUGGAUUCCACACUCGCUCCGCUAUGUCGAUGUUUCCGAUCUAUCCAUUUCACAGAUGGAUCUCGGCACUCUAUUCGGCUCCAGCUGUCCAGUUCUCAAGACUAUUGCCGAGCCCCUGGAAGUCCUGGAAUUGAGCGCAGAGGUAUUGAAGCGUCUCGAGAAAGCACCAGAUGUCAAGCGCGUGGGAUGGUGUAUCAAGGAAGCUGGACGAAGAGGAUGGCUGGUUCGAUUGCCGAGGGAGGGAGGCGUCAAGGAUGAGGGUGGGAGAAGUUGGAAGUGGGGUGCUACGUAUUGGGGGAUGAGAAAGGUUCCUGUUGCGAGGGCGGAAGUUGGUGGUAUUUAUGGUGAGUUUUUGAGUUCUCGAGUCUUAUUUGAGUGAGCGAGUACUGAUCUUAUCCUCCAGGACAUUAUAUGUUCAAGAAGAACUGAAAAUCCACAGCUAUCCACACCUGGCAUGUAGAGCACUCCGAAGCCGAGUAGUUUCCGGAUACAACAACUGCAACACAGAGUCACAGUCUACAACUCAGUUUGCAGCGUACAUACAACUUCAUGCUCCACUUUCCCCACGAAACAUACUUCUCUCAACGCCUAUCAAGGAGUACAGGCAUGGACUACUUUCUCCCUUCCUUUUUCCUUUUCGGGACAUUAUCUUUCGGCGUUGGGAAAUUAUAACGAACCAGAAACGAAUGAAUCAGAGACGAAAAAAAGUUGCAUAGCAUAGCAUGGCAUUGGAAUUUCGAGCGUUGAAGUUAAAGUUAAAGCAUUGCAUGGAUGAAAAGAAAAGCGGAAAAGAAAAAUACAUAGCGAUGAGCGAUUUCGUUUAGCGAGCGAGCGAGCGUGUUUGUUUUGCUGGACCUAUUUGUGGUCUAUGGGCGGUGCAAUUCUGUUCGCGUUGACGCUUCGUCUUUGGGGAUCUCUUUGGGGAUCUCGUUGCUAGCUACCUAUGGUUUGGUAUGGCAUGGCUUGGAGAGGUGUAGAUAGGGAGGGAGGGAGUGGUAUUUAGGCAGGCAGGCAAGAAAGCUAGCAAGCAAGCAAGCAAGCAAGCAAUGGAAUACAUAAUCUGAAAGAUACUCCCUCGUUGAGUCGUUGAGGAUCCCUUUUGUGAGGUGAUAAGAGUUUGCGUUGAGCCUGCUACUUGUAGGAUUGAAAUGCUUGGAUGCGGAACCCUUGUGCCAAAUAGUCUCAAUUCUUGUGGUAUGUGUUGGUAGAGAUAUGGUAAAUAGAAAAUCGCUUUCCAAAACUUACCGGAUGGGAAUCUUAGAGGCACUUGACCAACGCAGACAGCCCAACUCACAUACCGCUUCAUCGCGUGCCAUAACGAGAGCAC